CACACACACACACACACACAACUCUUCACCUAUAUAAAUAUAUAUAUUCCCAUAAUUAUAACACCAAAAACCACCAACUAAAACACUUCUAUCAUCACUAGUUAUAACAAAUGGAUAACAUCAUCACCCAACAACUUGAGCUACCAGGCUUCCGUUUCCACCCAACUGAAGAAGAACUUCUCAACUUCUACCUUAGAAAGAUUGCCACUGGCAAACAACUUUGUUUCAAUAUCAUCGGCUUUCUUAACAUUUAUCAUCAUGACCCUUGGGAAUUACCUGGGUUGGCAAAGAUAGGGGAAAGAGAGUGGUACUUUUUUGUUCCAAGAGACAGAAGGCAUGGGCACGGUGGCAGGCCUAGCCGGACCACCGAGAAUGGAUUCUGGAAGGCGACCGGCUCCGACCGGCAAAUUCGGUGUCUGUCAGACCCCAAAAUUGUUUUAGGUCUCAAAAAAACGUUGGUUUUCUACAAGGGGAAGGCACCACGGGGACGCAAGACCGACUGGGUCAUGAAUGAGUACAGGCUUGCAGAUAGUGGUUCCUCCUCUAAGAUGAAGGAGGAGGUAGUGCUUUGCAAAAUUUAUAGGAAAGCAACUUCAUACAAGGUAUUGGAGGAAAGGGCAGCAAUGGAAGGACACUCCAGAAUGAUGAACCAUCUGAUGCCUUCAUCAACAACCCUAACGCAGGGUACCCCCUACUGUCAUGACCCACAAGACAUGUUUAGGGUAACAGCCACUGUCCCAAACAAUAUUGUUUGCAAGACAGAAGAAGGGCAGGACAAGGAAGUAAUUCCAUCUUCAUCUCUUGGAUUAUUGGGCUCCAUGAAGGAGAAGUUGGUGGAGCUUGAAGUACCCAAGUUCAGCAUGGAGUCGACCAUGGACCCGUUGUGGACCCAGCUGAGAAGCCCAUGGCUAGACAGUUUGAGUCCUUACGCUAAUAUGCUUAACUUUUAAAAGAAAGGAAGGUUUUGAUUUGAGUUUUGUUUUGUUUUUUUUUUUUUUUUUUU